UCCCUGCCGCCGCCGACCGGUCCAGCGUACCGCGUCCUGUUUCAGCCCAUCGUCGCAAGGAAAAUGCUCCCACCAUGAUUGAGCUCCAGACAUCGUUUGCUACGAAGAAGAAUUCGACCCUGCACUUCUCGGCGGCCCAUUCACGGUAGAGCUCGGCGAGACCUUCUGCGCACAUCCGUAUGCUCCUUGUUGCCCUUCGGGGUGUCCACUUCGGCUCUGGCUAAACGGCUGCUUUUGCCGACCCAAAGCCAGCGACCAUGGAGCCUCUACACAUGACGGAGUUCGGUUCCGACCGAUACCUCCAGAAGUUCAAUCAGUCACAGGCGAAUUCCGCUCCAUCGACAUCUUCCGUCCCCAAUCUUCCUCAGUCCCAGUUCAUCUUGCCUCUUCGCGGGUCAAGCCUGUCCGAAGCCGAGGCGGCAGCAAACAAGGCCGGCGAUCAGAAACGCGCAGAGAAAAGAAGUUUUUCGUUUCUCAGGAAUAAAUUCCAUGUCAAGAGUCCAGCGGCUGCCGCUACCGCAGGCAGCGCCGAGCAUCAGGAGCAACGGCCUCCGUCGACGCACUCCGCGACUGGCCGGAAAAGUGUCCCUUUCGAUCAGCUUUUCGUUUCCCUCCCGAACGAGUUGCAAAUUGAGAUUAUUGCGUCGCUCCCGCUCUCGGACGUGUUAAAUCUGCGGUUAGCAUCAAGAUCCCUCCAUGCCCUUGUAUCACUGAACGAGACCCCGAUCACUCGUUAUCACCUCGAGCACCAUGUCCCGGCAUAUGCCAAGCGCCUUUACCCGCCCCCCGAGGGGACACCUCUGAACCUUCAUUACCUAUGCGGCCUCUGGCAUCGGUUACACGUCGCUGCGAAGUUGUCGUACCUAAUCUGCGAGUGGGUGACGAAAGAAAUGUUCUUUCGGAAUACGGAGGAGAAGAGGCGGCAAUUUGCACCGCAGACAGAACGGAUGCGACGUCGCUUGAUACCGAUGGUCUUCACUGUUUUUCAUUUCUUUGAAACAUACCGAAAGCUGCACCUCAAGUACAUUGUCGAGAACGGGUACGGGUUGCACAAAACACCUUAUACGGUCAACCCUAUCGAGGCCGAAAUCCUCAAGAUGUACGACGAUCGAACUCUCUUUCAAGUGCACGAAGUCUUCCCGCUGGUGAUGGCGUCCUUCGACAGGCGUCUAAGGCCGCCUUCUUAUGUCGGCAGGGUGGAGCGGUCUCUGAGGGGUUAUCUCAGGGAAAAGCCGCCCGAGGAGGUGCAUGUGGCCAUUUUGUGUCUUGGAGGCUUGCGGGUGGUAGAGAGGAUAUGGGAGGUCAAGGGCUACAACGCAAGAAGGGCUGCUGUUGACGCCUGGUAUGCCUCCAUCACCAAGGACAUUGCCGAAUCCUCGGAAUCGAAAAAGCGCCGAGGAGUGCUGGGUCUCAAGCGCAAAAAGUCGUCGGCUGCUUUGGCCAAAAUAGGCACGAACGACAAUGGCACUGAUUCACGAGUCUCAACCAUCGCCGGCAACGCCAAAGGGAAACAGCCGGAAAGUCUGGUGUUUUGUACCAGUAUGUCAGCCGGCAUGCCAAUGGGGCCCCUGACCAAGGAGGAGUAUAGGUUGCUUCUGCCCGACCUUCCCAGACUGCGAAAGAUCUGGUCGGAAACGGCGGAGGCAAUGAUCCUUGACCGCAAGAUCGUCUCACGGCCGGCCGAUAUCCGACGAAGCAGUGCCCAGAUAUUUACCGACCUUAUCAGCGAAAACAUAGUUGAGGACGAGGAUCAGUGGCUCUACGGCACAACUGCCUCUGAUUCGGUACGGCCGAAUCUUGAUGCGAUCGAGGAGGACCCCUUGGAGUAUCCCUGAGUCAUCAUUACAUUGUCGUUCAUAUCAUCUUGGCACCCGGCUGUCUGGAGCGCGAUGUUUGCAUCCGUCGCAUUCUUUCCACUCCCGACCCGUCAAUCACCAUCUUUUCCUGGAUUUUGUGUUUCGGCUUUAUCGCGAGACCAUGACUGUUGGUCGAUAACCGAACUCCACCUUUCAAACGUCGAAUCCGAAUUCCUUCGCAAACUAAAAGGCAUUUACAGGCGUUACGGCUUUUUUUAUUUCUUUUUCUUUUGCUUCUCAGAUGUGCGAAUACUCGGGCCAGAGAUCAGCAUCGCUAGCCAGGUGUAUUAGGAUCAGCUAUCGUUUCUCUCUCCUUGGUUGUAUUCUACCGGACCAUGCGGCCGGGAGACGGUCUACUUUUGUUCUGGUUGUCCUCUCAUAGCGAGUGUACUGACAUGUUUCGUCGCUUUGUCUCUCCUUUGUUUGCCUGGCUCUGGAGGCAUGGUAUUUUAAGGAUAGGUCAUGGAAAGGAGGGGUGAAGGGUAGCCGGGUCGGAAAUGAAUGGGGCGUGGUACGGGGAGCAGCUUCUUGAGGGCCUGUUUCUCAGAAAGGGUAGCUAGAG